AAAAGGCAGUCACAAAACUACAGUUGGACAGCAUUGACAUUUCCCGGCGUCACCUUUCCUUCGCCAGCGAUCAGCAUUAUGAAACAGAAAGGGACGAUGAUGUUGUGGUCAUCUAUAACCGUGUUCCAAAGACCGGCAGUACAUCCUUUGCCGGCAUCGCCUACGAUCUAUGCACGGAGAACCGGUUUCACGUGAUUCACAUGAACAUCUCCAGAAACCAGAGAACGCUGGGCCUAUCAGAUCAG